AAAAAUAAAUAUAAAAAAAAAAACAAAUAUUAAUUAAUACUAAAAAGAUAACCCAACAAUUCUUAAAAAGCAUUCAUAAGUAGGAGAACUUGCUAAUUACUAUUAAGUAUUCUAUAUAAUAUUUCUGUUUCGAUACCUAUCUUUCUAAAGCCAAGCAAGUAACUCUCAACAUAUUUUAUGUCUAAUCUUUUCCAAAGAUAGCUUUCUUAAGGAGAUCAAGUCAAUUUGUAGUCUCCCUUGGCUCUAGCUUCCCUGAAUAUUCAACAAAUCUAAUAAAAACCUCAUAUUUCUGGAUUUAGUCCCAGUCACAGAAUGUUAAAUCAAAAUCAAUACAACUAAGCUCAAAUAAACUAGCUAACUUCUCUAACUAAUGCAUCUUCUGAAUCUUCACUUGCUGAUUCUACUUCUGCUCAACAACCAAAUGGAAUUCAAGGGUUAUCACCCUAUAUUAAUAAUUAGUAUGGUGCCUUCUAAAAUUUUGGGUACUAGGCAAAUAAAGAAAAUAGUAGUCCUAUCUUUUUGAGAGAGCAGCCAUUCUCAGUAAACUCAUCAAAAAAUGAAAAUAAGUUUAAUAAUAAUGAUUUUAUAAAUCCUACUAAGCUUUUCACUUAAGAAUUUAUCAACCAAAAUAAGCUAAACUAAUAACCUACCACUAAAAUGCCUCUUUAAGUACAAUAGUUUAGUCCAAACUUGUAGAUUCCAGUAUAGAUUUAAUAAAAUUAUAAAAAUGAUGCCUAAUCUGCUAGAAAUGACUAUUUUAAUAGCUUGAAAGCUCCACCUAUUUUACAAUAGCAACAACAGUAAUAAUAUAAUCCAAAUUCUUUUUACACAAAAGAAUAAAGUAAGCAAAAUAUGCAUGAUUCUUCAUUCAACUAAUCAUAGAUAGAUUAGACUAACCUUAAUUAUGAUAGCUAUCAUAAUUACAGUGGUAUACCAUCAAGUUCUUCUAUACCCUACUCAUAACCAACUUUAAGCAACAAUAAUAGUAACGUAUACUAGAAUUAGGCAGAAAAGUAAACUUCACUUUCUAAUAUUAACUUUAAAAUUGAAUAAAAUGAAAGACCUCUUUCUCUUCUUUUAGAAAAUGCGAUAUAAAAAGCAAUAAAUCAAUCAGAAAGAGUUAUAUCAAAUCCUGUUGAGCCAGUAGACUAGUAAAUAAAUUACUAUUCUUAAAGAAAUAUCUACUAGCAGUAGUAAGUUUCCAAUCCAAAUAUUCUUGUUGAAGAUUUUUCUAAUCAGACUCUUCCUUUUGUAUAGACAUAGUAGAAUUAUUUUUCUGUAAAUGACAACUUGACUCCAAGAAAUACUUCAAACUAAGAUUAUAAUUAUUAGUCAACUAAGCAUUCUAACAACUCCAACUCUAUAAAUAAUAGAAAUAACAAUCAAAAUAAUUCUUAAUUUAUAGAAAUUUAAGAAAAUAAACCUAAUCUUUCUCCAAUAUCACCUAUGAAUAAAAGAUAAUAAUAAAAUUUAAACAACUCUACACUUUCAUCUAGUAAUUUAACAAACAGACCUAGUUAAAAAGAUUAGCAAUAACGCCUCACCUUAGUAGAAAGAUAAACUUUGAACACAUCUCACAGUCCUUCUAAAUCUCAUAUUAACUGCAAAUAUCCCCAUAAUACUGAAGAAUCAAAUAGAUAAUAAAGCAGUAGUAAAAAGAAAAUUUAGAACUAUUCUUAAGUUCCUAAAAAUUAAACUAUGUAGUAACCAUCAUUAUUACGCUCUAAGUCAAAUAAUAGUUUAGUCACUUAACAUCCUUACUUAAAAAAAUAGACUAGAAAUCAUGGUUCUCCCUCUGAAAAAUCAUAUCAAGCUAAUUAGAGCUAUUAAGCUACUACUGCUUAGGCUAAGAAAUUAGAUAAAAAUGAGCCGUAAAAAUUUUCAUACAAAAAAGAAGCUCAAAAUCGUUCUCAACAUCAAGCGAAAUUAAAUAACUCCUAAAUUUAAAAUAGAAGGGAUGCCUCACCUAAUAAUACAAAACAAUAAACUCCCAACAAAUAAAUGUAACCAAAAUAAAUCUUGAAGCAAAAAACUUAAAACGAAAGUUAAUUAAAUCAUAACUAAAGCAAUUAGUUCAUUUUCCAUUAGUAAAAUAUAUCUCAGCUUAAUCCAAGUCCAGAUAUGUUGGAAUACUAAUACAGUUACCAAAAUAAUAGCAAUCUUCAUGCCACUCCUCGUUCAUAAUCUCAGACAAGUCUAUUAUAAAGUUAGAACAACAAUAGUACUUAUAAUAAUUUAACUCCAUAAAUGAUUUUGAAUUAAAAUCCCUAUCUUGCAUUAUCACCAAUCAAUAACUUAAAAUAAGCAGCAACUCCUAAAACACCUUUGAGCACUAACUUCUGUUAAGCUCUACAAUAAAUAAAGAACUCUACCAUACCUUCAGAUUUCUUCCAAAUGGAAUAAAUCAUCACAAACUAUGAUGUUUAACGCUUUUUGUAAAGACACUUUUUAGUUGGAGAUAAGCUUAUUUGUGAAAAUUGGAAUUCCAUUCCUAUUAUUUAUUUUAUUAAGCUUUUGAUCACAGAGUUUCCUGAAGUACUUGAAGAUCAUUAAAUUGGAGAAAAUUUAUUGACAGAAUUAAAAGAAAAAAUCGCUUUUCUUGUAUAAGAUGAAUAGAAUAACGAAUUUGUGAAUCUUUUUAAGCUCUAAACAUAUACUAAGACAACUGGUUUACUUGGCUUGAUUCUCAAAGCGCUUAAAGAUUUAAGCUCAGAAGAAAAUUCCAGGCUCUACACUGGAAAUUUUUAGUCGCUUAUGAGAACAAACAGUGAUAUUCAAUUAGUUUAGCUCUAAAACUAGUAAGAAAAUGCAAGCAUUUACAGCCAUUAAGCACAUAAUUCUGUUUGCUCACAAAAUCAAAAUCUUUUAGAAAAUUUUUAGACAGUUUUCUAAAAAUAAUUGUAAAACAAUGGUAUCCAACAUUAUAUUCAGUCAAAGGAUGUUCAAAAUAUAAUGAAUUUAAUUUAGGAAUUCGUUGAAGGACUCUACAGAGAUAUGGAAAAUGAGAUAUAUUCUAAAUUUAAUGUAGAAAUGAGAAGAAUGAUGGUUAAAUUUAAAGAGACAGAGCAAAUGCUUAGAGUAGUUUCUGAUAAAGUUACUGAUAAUUAUGGUCUAUUUUCUCAAGAAGCAUCUCAAGUCAAAAAAAUAAAGUAACUUCAAGGUGAAAAAGCUGAAUUAAACGAAGAAAUUAAUUCAAAAGACUUAGAAAUCAAGUAAUUAUAAUUAUUGGUAGAUUCUUUGAAGUCUGAGAAUUCUAAGUUGCUUUCUGAAAACGAUAAAUUACACGAAAAAUGUGAAAAGUAUUUAGAUUUUGGAAUGAAGAAUAUGCAAACUCUUUAUGAGAAUAAUCUUUAAGAUCAGUAUCAACAGUUAGUACAACAAUAAAAAGUUUUCUUUGAACAACAAAUAAAGCAGUUAGAAGAAUAUAAAAUUAGAUAAUCCAUAUCAAAAAAUGCUAAAAAUGCUGACCAACCUAAAGACCAAUAAAGUAACAUCAAGCAAACUCCUCGUAUACAUACUGAUACUUCAGAUAAUGAGAGCUGUAAUCUUAGUUAUGCAUUAAUGACAUUAGAGGAUCAAGCUGUGCCUUAAGGUGGAUUUUAAUCUUCAUCAAAAGUACCUCAAUCAGCAAUCAAAGCACUUAGCGAAUUUUAAGUUCAUCAAAAUUAAAACGCUUUCAAAAAAAAUAAAACAGAAGGUCAGGUUCUAGAGCCUAUAAUGAUGGACAACACUUAGUUCUUAGAUACUAGCGAUAAAAUUAGCUUGCUUAAAGUAUUGGAUGUUUUCAUUUCUUAAAGCUAAAUUAAAGACUUUUCUGAGAAAGUUAGAAGAUAGAAUCUCUCUUAUGGGUAGGGAAUAUCAGGAUUUGGUGGAAAUAGCAAUUUUGGAAGCUUUGUAAUAAAUGCAGCAUCAAUUACCGGAAAAUACGGAAUAGGAAGAGAAAAUUAAUAAAUAUCAUCAUUAAGUUUAGACCAAGCUGUUGAAAAGUUAUAAAGCAUGAUAGAUAUUCUCCCAUUAAUCCGUGAAGUGCGUCUAUUUAAUUAUGACUAAAUAUACAAUUUCCUCAAAUAUUUUUAUAGUCUAUAAAUGUACAUCUACUAGCUCUCUGACUACUCAGAUCAACAAAGUACUCCCGAUGAAACUACUUCUAAGAAUGUUCACAUUACAUCAAUUCCUAUGAACAAAUGUUGGAAAAAGAUUUUGUCAGAAAACAAUAAUAAAGAAUUUUUCUGCAGCUUUGUAGAUACAAAUAAUAACGUUUAGUAAGCAUCUCUAAAUUCUAACAAUAAUUUAAGUACACCAAUUCGCUCUCAAAGACAAAACCUUUAAAAAACUGCUUCAUCAUCUAAUUUAACUCCUACAAGCAAACCUGAUAUAUUCGAAUUGUAAAAAAUAUGCCAUGAUUCAAAGUAAAGCUAAAUUUAGUAGCUAAGCAGAUUGAGAAAUGAUUUGUAAACAUCAUUUGCAAACAAUACUUAGAAUAAUAACGAAAGUAGAUUCCAUCCUAAAAAUUUAAUUAUAAAUAAUCAAGGUAUUAUUGACAUUUUAACACAUGUGCUCACUUAGCAUCUUCAUAAAUUAGCUUCUUAUGAACGUUAAUACCAAAGUGCAGAUUCUAAAUCAAAAUAUUUCAUUUUGAAAAUGCUAAUCUACUUAAAUAUUUUGAUAAUAUCCAAUAACAAAAAUGAUAUUAUGACUAUUUUAAAUAAGUUCUUCUCAGAGAUUUAAUCUCAGAUUCAAGUUUAGUCAGUCUCUGAUUUUAUCAGAGAAAAUAAUGUUUUAAGUGUUAUUUUUGUAUCACUCCGCAAUAUAAACUUUGCAAACACUUAAAUAGUUUGUUAAGCUCUUGAAUUCUUAAUAAGCUUCAAGUAAGCUUCAUCUAAUUACAUGUCUUUUAUCCGCUAGUUAUCAUAAGACUCAAAUAUGAUUAUAUUGCUGCAACUAUUAGAAUGCCAAUUUGAUAGCAGAAACAUUCUCAUGUCUCUUAACAUAAUAAAAAAUGUUUCUUACUCAAUAAAUUUCAAAGAUAACAUCCAAUCAAGAAUCAAGCAAGUUUUAGAUUUGAUUUAACUAAGAUAAAAUGAGACAAAAGAUAAAGAAAUUGAGGACCUAACCAAAAUUAUAAGAAGCAACAUCAAUUGUGGAGCAAACAUAAGGACAAUAUCCCUAAGUCCUUAAUAGAUAAAUUGCAACCAAGGAAUAAAUACUAAGCAGAAUUGA